AGCAGCCAAACCGGCUUGAUAAGGUAGCCGGUUGUAAGUUGGUGAGGAAGGCGCGAGGGACCGCGGAUGCGCUGGCUUCAGGCGAACAACCCCCCUCCUGACUGAAUCCUGUGGAUAGAGAGAUACCCUCUUGGAUUACUGAUAUAUACCACCCGACGCCUCUCAAUCAUCAUUUCCUGGAGCGCUUAAACGUGAUGGAACAUCGCGAAGGUAUCUCGGCGAAUAUCGUCUGCUCGAGCUUAAGGCACCGUCCCGCAUGGGCGUCGGCCGUGACUCAGCUUCUGGAAUCGGACAGAGGACGGUGGUUGGAAGCAAGUCUGAGAACCCAUGACGUCGCCUUGAGCAUAACCGAGGCAGACUCACAAGGCCAAGGCGUUUACCAUUCAGAGUACAGCGAACACCCAGUCUUCCGGCUCCUCCUCCUCUCGCCAGAGGAUAUCAACGACCCGAGAACCCUCCCUCGAGUAGAACAACUCCACUGCCUCGACAAUGGGCGCAACGCGGCCCUUAUCUUCCUCCUCGAUCAUGACAAGUCACAGAGUCCAAUGCAGCCCUUCAUGGAGCUACAUUUACAGUUGCCGUCCAACCGCACCCUCCCCAUCAUACCCUUACUCAACGCAAACGAUCUACCCACCACCCUCCGCAGCUUCCAAAGUUCUCUUACGUCCUCCAGAGACAUGAGGCAGUGGCCCGUCGACCCCGCGCGGGACCUGCUGCCCUUCUGCAACAUCACUUCUUCGCCGCUGUCCAGGUGCUGUGUAGAUGCCUUGAGCAAGGGAUUCUUUGCCAGUUUUAGGGAGCUGCUGGAGGGGAUUGCCACGGAGGAAGGACAGAGUGGCUUGAGAGAAGUGCUUGAGCUCGCGACUGGGAAAGGGAAUGGAGAGGUGGACAGGUUAAUUGCGUUCUGGAAGCACGAGUUCGCUACGGGGUGAGGGGACUCAGAAGGAGCUGGGGGAGAGGGAAAGGGUUAGGGGUUCGUCCACUCAUUGUUCAGACUGCUAUGCAGUCGCAGACCACGAGAGUCCGACCGUGCAACGAAAGGGCUGCUGUCGCUGCUCACAAGAUUGUAGUUGACGAAGGUAGACGGGUUCGUCAUCUGAACGUGAUAGCCGUUAACAGCCGUUGCUAAACAUGGAAAACGAAGCAAACAAUAGCUCCCGAAAGGGUUCUGGACCAUGUGAACGACCAAUUUCGGGGUGAUGUGGUUUGCAUAUGCAGAUACGUAUUGAAUAAUCCG